AAAUACCAAAUGAAGCAGUAUCUUAUAUAUGGUCACACUAGAAGGAGCGUUGCCACAUCGCGUUAGCUAUAACAGAGUGGCAAUUGGAGCGAGAACUGCAGACACGUAUUUAUUUAUAUUAGAUGUUUUUUUAUAUAAAUUCAAUUGUGCCUAAAUUAAGUAGUCAACGCAGUAAAGAACAAGUGCAGCAGGUGCCACACAAUGUUUGCCAAUCUGAAAAAUAAACUCAUCGAGGAGGUGAAAGCGUCGCCGUCCAAAUUCCAACAAUUUGCAAAUGCAGCCCAGGCCGCCGUGAGCUCAUCGUCCAGCACAACAACACCAAGCUCAGAGAAUACCGAUACCGGUACUAAUGAGAAUUUCUUCAGCAUCACGGAAGAGGACACGCCUCAAAACUCACCCUAUCGCAUACAGAAGCUGCCGCGCGGUGGCCGUGCAUCGACGCAGUCACUGAAUGGCAUGGGCAGCGGCGCAAUUCCGCGCACUCGGAAGCUCUCCAACUCGUCCAUGGCCAGCGAUGUAUCGUUCCGUUUGCCCACAUAUGACGCGCCAGCGACGUACCACUUGCAGUCCGAUUUGGAUGAGACUAGCAGCGAGUUCGAUGACUCCGCCUCGACAGCACGUCUGGAUGUUAUCACCAAGGAUCAGCUGUACGAUGCAUAUAAGAAGUCGCUUGAUCGUUAUCACAAAUAUCGUUGCCGGUACACGGACUUGGCCAAAAAGUACAAGGAACUGGAGCGGGACAGCAGCAAGGCGCGGGCAGUGCUUGUUGAGACGCAGGACAAGGCGCUGCGUCGCAUAAGCGAGCUACGUGAACAAUGUACACUGGAACAGCAGGCCAAGGCGCACUUGGAGGAGGCGCUGCGCAUCGAAAUGGACGACAUGACCUGCAAGAUGCAAGCCUACCAGACCAAGUUGAAGCUGUUAGGCGAGAAUCCGGAUAACGUUACAGCUGCACUGGAACGUGGUCAGGCAGACGCAGCUGACAAGCUGAUCGAUCUGGAAGAGCCAAUAAUAAAGCCAGUGACGGCGCCUACGUCUAAUGGCAAUCAGCCGCCGCAGGAAUUAAACGACGAGCUGGCGAAACUACAAAAGUUGCUGGCAGAGCAUGAGACUCAGUUGAAGCAGCUGACCAAAAAUAAUGAGGAUGCCAACAAUACAAUUGUUGCGCUGCGCAAACAGGAAGAGGAAAAUGUACUGCUGCUGGCGCAGACUAAACAAGCUAUACACACAGAGCUGGAGCAUAAGGAAACCCAGGUGCGCCAGCUGCAGGACACGGUAAAGCAACUGGAGACUGAGUUGGAAAUCGCCAAUGGCCGGGAAACACAGUCGGGUGACAUCAAGGAGCAGCUGAAGAAAUUACAAAGCGCAAAACAGGAAGUAGAGGCUAAACUUAUUGCAUCGGAGCAUGUUCUGAGCACACUAAGAGGUGAACACGCGGAAAAGGAGCAACAGUUGGCAGCUCAGCAAAAGAAAAUUGCGUCCGAGUUGGAGCACAAGGAGAAGGAGGUACAACAGCUGCAGGACAAGCUAAAGCAGCAACAAGCUGAGCUCGAGCAGGCAAAGAGUGGCAAGAUCGAGGCAAAUGACCUAAAGGAACAACUGCAGGCGCUACAAAAUGCCAAACAGGAAGCUGAAGCAAAACUUGCUGCAACCGAACAACAAUUGAAUUCACUGAAAACGGAACUCACAGAAGGGAAUCAACAAGUGUUGGCGCAGUUGGAAAAAACCAAAUCUGCACUAGAGCAAAAAGUAGACCUAGUGCAACAGCUGAAUGAAAAAGUUAAGCAGCAGGAAAUCGAACUGGAGCUGGCCAACAGUCGGAGCACUCAAGCCGGCGAUGUGAAAGAGCAAUUAAUGCAGUUGCAAAAUGCCAAACAAGAAGCGGAGGCCCAGCUACUCAUAGCGGAGCAGGAGUUGAACAAACUGAGGUUGGAGCACACGGAAAAGGAGCAACAGAGCGCCGAGCAGCAAAAGCAGUUGCAGUCCCAACUGGAGCACAAUCAAAAUGAGCUACAGCAAUUGCAGGAGAAGCUGGCAAAACUGGAAACUGAACUGGAAUUGUCCAAGUCGCAUGUGACUGAAGCGGGAGACCUGAAGGAACAGCUGCAGAAUGCCAAACAAGAAGCAGAUGCCAAGGCGUCGGCACUGGAGGAACAACUAAGCAUACUGAGAAACGAGAAUGCGGAGAAGGCACAAAAAGUGGCUGCACUGGAAGAGGAACUCCGCAGGCUGAAGCUGGAGAGCGAUCAGAGUUUGCAGGAUUUGCGUUUGCAUAACAAGCAGCUAAACGAAAUUGUGCAGCGCAACCAGCAAAACGAAUUAACGUUGACAGAGGUGCAGAGCCAGCUGGAGGACGCCAGAGUGCGGCUGGUGGAGCAAGAGCAGCGUGUGCUUGAGACCGAAAAGAGUCUCGAAGUGGAACGGGAAACGGUAGCCGCCUUAAGCGUGGAGAAAUCCGCUGCCGAAGAGCAAACGCGCAAACUGCAACGUGAGCUGCAAGUGCUGAGCGAACAAUAUGCCAGCAGCAGCAAUAGCGAAUCGGAGGCGAUGGCGUCGUUGAGGCUGCAGAUCGAAGCACUCAAUGAAGAGCUGAGCAAAGCCCAAUCCAGCACACAGGCCAAAGACAAGGAGCUCAAGGCGAGCGGCAACAAACUGAACAAGCUGAAAAAGCAAUACGAGCAGCUUCAGGCAAAGCACAGCGAGCAGGCAGCCAGCCUGGAGCAGCUUAAAGCCGAGUUGACCGGAGUUGAGGAGCUGCGCAGAGAGAAGCAGGAGUUGCAGGAACGCGUCACUGUAAUACUCGAGGAGAUAACAACGAUGCAAACGCACCUGCAGGAAGUGCAAAGUGCGCAGACACAGCUGCAGGCCGAAAAACAACAGCUGGAGUCACACAUUGAGGACUUGCAGCAGCAGCAACUGGAGCACAAUGCCAAGGGUGAGCAGUCGACGGCCCGACUCGUUGAGAUUGAGCGCGAGAACAGCAAAUUGGCCGAGCACAACUGUCUGCUGCAGGAGCAGAACAAUCACUUGCAGAAGCAGCAGGAGGAGCUCACCAGGCUGCAGACCAAACUGCAACAAGUGCUCGACGAGCACUCGAAGCUGCAAAAUGCUCAAGAGAUUAUGGAGCACGAUCACCGCACGCUGCAGGACAAAUGUGAUGCGUUCGAAAAGGAAAAUCUGCUAGCGAAAGAUGAGAUCAACAGCUUGCAGCAGACCAAGUCCGCCCUGGAAUCGCAGCGCAGCACUUUGCAGCUGGACUUGGAGCAGGCGCAGCAGCAGCUUUCAGAGGUGCGCGAACGGCAGCGAGAACUCAAACAGCAGCUGGAAGAGCAGACAGAGCGUUGCUCCGAGCUGGAGGGCAGCAAAGAGCAGCUGGUGACACUGCAGGAAACCAUUCACAAUUUACGCGAGCAACUGGAGGCGUCCAAGGAGCGAGAACAGGCGAUGCUAGAAAAGGCUCAAGCCACAAGCGUAGCUCAUGCAACACAGCUGGAAACGUUGGAGGCGCGCUGGAGUGCCGCCAAUGCGGAUGUUCAUCGCUUGCUCGAAGCGAACGAAACGCUCCAGAAGGAAAUUGAGACUUUGAAGAGCACGACGCUUUUGAAAUCCGAAUUCGAGCAACUUGAAAUCGAGAACGAAUACCUAAACAAGCACACCAAGCAGCUGGAGAAGGAACUCGCUACGGCACUGACUUCCCAUGGCGACAGCGGAGAGAAACUGAAGUCGCUGCAGUGUGAGUUGUACGUGCUGCAGGAGCAGGUUGAACAGCAUGCCAGCCAGCUGGCCGAGAAGGACUCAGAGGUCGCCGCUGCCAAGGCGGAGGCAGUGCAGCUAAAGUCGUCACUGGAGGAGCAGACUCUAGAGCUGACGCGUCAGACUGAGCACGCCAAGUUCGUUAGCGAGCAGAACGAUACGGUGCAAAAGGAACUGUUGCAUGCACAACAACAGCUGCAGGAACGCCAGACGGAGCUGUCCAAGGCGCAGGAGCAUUGCCUCAGUCUCGAAGAGCAACUGAACAAGCUAAAGAGUGAACAGGAGCAGGCACCAGCCGCACUGCCAAACGAUUCUGAGAAUCUGCGCAGCCUAAACGAACAACUGCAGCGGGAACUGGAAGAUCUAAAGCACAAAACAAAUGGGGAGCAGACAAAUCUCCAGCAGGAAAUCGAAGAGCUGCAAGCCAACAAUGAGGAAAUGACUGAACGCAUCAUGGAACUGGAAAAGCUGCGCGCCGGCAUUCAGGCCCAGCAGCUGCUGGCCAGCCUGGCACCCAAGAGCGCGCAGCAGGCGGCUGCCAUCGAUGAGAAGGCACAGCUGGAGGCAAAGCUGAAAGAAAUCAUGAACGAAGUGCAGGACGUGACCAAUCGGAAUCUGUUCCUCGAACAAAAAUGCGAAAACUUCCUCAUACUGGAGCAGUCCAAUGAGCGUCUGAAGCUGCAAAACGCCAAAUUGUCGCGUCAACUGGAUGAAACAUUGGUAUCCAUGCAGCACAGUGAUAGCGUGCCAGCUAACACGGAGUUCGAGUAUCUGCGCAAUAUAAUGUUCCAGUAUUUAACCGGCAAUACGAAUAACGAGACUCUGGUAAAAGUCAUAUCGGCAGUGCUGAAAUUUUCGCCACAGCAGGCACAGGUUGCCCUGGAGAAGGAGCAUCAGCGACGCUCAUUACUUAACAAACUGAUCUAGCAAGAGUUGUUGGCAACCUACGGCAGCAGCGACUGGUGGCAGCCUUGCAAUGAAACGCUUUUAGACUACAAACUGAAGCUGAACGUUUAGCCCAAGUUCACAAGUACCUUACCACAACUUAGUCACAAGUUGUUGCUCUAACUGCUGCUUAAAGGCUUUUCGACUUGGAGGCGGCGUAGUUAAUAAAUAAUACUUACCUAUGUAUUGUGUGUAUCAUCUCCCUCUGCUUGUUGUACAGUCAUGAAACUCUGAUCGAAACAAACACUCUAUUGUACAUUUAAAAUUAUGCUAAUCCUUAUGUUGCUCGAUUGACAUAACACACACACACACUCCACGCUUCUCUGACUUAACGUGCAAUCAUUUUCAACAUUUAAUGUGUAUUCCUUUCCAAUUCAAGUUCAUUUUAGUUCUAAGU